AUGGAAGGGGCCCUGCCCAAAGCUGAACUGAAUGUAGAGCCAAACCCUGUGUUCGCUGGAGAGACAGUUACUAUGACGUGUUCAGUAGGGUCUGACAGUAGCUGGAGCUAUCAGUGGUACAAAGACAGGAAUGCUAAUGUAGUAUCCCAGUCUGUCAGACACACUAUAACAGGAGACACCCUCACCAUCAGUAGAGUUGCUGAGUCUGACCAGGGUCUCUACUGGUGUCAGGGAGAGAUCCGGUCCAGAUCCAUAUCAUCAAUCAUCAGUGAUCCUGUCACCAUCACCCUGAAUGAGAGACCUGUUGUUGUUCUGACCCUCCAACCCAACUGGACCCAGAUAUUCAGAGGAGAGACUGUCACUAUGAGAUGUGACAUCCAGGGAGGAGGAGACUCUGACUGGAACUACAGAUGGUAUAAGAAUAGUCAGUCAGUGAUCCCCUUUAACACAAAGUCUGAGUACAGAAUCAGUCCUGUCUACAUGUCUAGCAGUGGUUCAUAUACCUGUAAGGGUGUAAAGGGAAACAAGCUCUCCAAGACCAGUGAUGCUGUACAACUGACUGUGUCUGAUAAACCCAAGUCUGUCCUGAGUAUCUCUCCUCAGUGGCUGAACCCUGGAGACUCAGUGUCUCUCAGCUGUGAAGUUGACAAGACGUCUACAGGCUGGAGGUUCUCCUGGUACAGAACUGUUCCCUACAGAGCUGGGUUCCCCUCCCUAUUGGACAAGUCCUACUCUGUAGAGCCCCUAUCUGACAGUAGUACUGGAACUACAGAGAGCUUCUACACCCUGAGUCCUGCUGGUCCUACUCACACAGGAGGAUAUGUGUGUAGAGCUGGGAGAGGAGACCCAGUCUAUGACACACUCUACAGUGAACCUCAGUUUCUCUGGUCAGGAGAUCUGCAGCCUUCAGUGUCUCUCAGAAUAAGUCCUAUCACAACUCAACACUUUACAUCAAAGUCUCUCUCACUGAGCUGUGAGGAGAAGGGGAACUCUACUGGAUGGAGACUGAUGAAAUACACAGAGAGAGGUGUAGAGUCAGGGUGUGUCUCUAACUGGAGAUCAACAACAGGGUCCACAUGUACCAUCAGCUACACGUACAAAGGGGACAGUGGAGUGUACUGGUGUGAGUCUGGAUCAGGAGAGUACAGUAAUGCUGUCAACAUCACAGUGGAUGAUGGUGAUGUGAUCCUGGAGAGCCCUGCCUAUCCCAUGACUGAAGGAGACUCUGUGACUCUGCGCUGUAAAUACUGGACAACUAGCUCAAACAUCAAGGCUGAUUUCUACAAAGAUGGAGUUCUCAUCAAGAAUGAGACAACAGGAGAGAUGACCAUCCCUACAGUAUCCAAGUCAGAUGAAGGAUUCUACAAAUGCAAAUACACUGACAAGGGAGAAUCACCAGAGAGCUGGAUGACAGUGAGAGUCUCUCCAGUCGUAGCUCCUGGAUCCUCUACAUCAGUCCUAGUAGGAGUGGUUGUGGGUCUGGUUGUUGCUGGUGUUCUACUGGUCAUUCUCCUGGUCCUGCUGUGGAGAUAUCAAAACAGCAAAGGUUCCUGUUUUAACAGAUUAUUAUUGCCCCCCCAGCCCCAGAGCACCAACCAGGACCACCAACAGGACCAAGGAUCUACCCUGGGCCGGGCUCCUGAUGCUGGGUAUACACUUCUGCAACAUGGUGGUGCUAACAUCUACGAUACGAUCAAUUCCUCAGACAACAAUGAUAAUGAUGGUGCUGCUGCUGGAACAAGUCAUGUGACAUACACCCAGAUUCAACUCAAAAAGUUGGACAAGAAAAAGAAAGGUGACUCAACUGUGACAUCAAUUAAUAAUGUGCAGUGUAUCAAAGAUUAG